GCUCCAGUUGCUGCGCUGGCAUCUGGCGCGCGAUAUAUCCAACAAGCUUCGAGCUGUGACGUGAUCAAGGAAAGGACUUUGAAAAUGUGCAAGAAAGCUUGCGCUUGUAACUAAUGUACAUUCUUACGAACAUAGCUGAUGUAAACAUAGUUUAUGUCUUUAAUAACGUAGCAGGGAGUUGGAAAAGUUUUUUCUGAAACAUGCACACGCAACAGUGGCGUGCAGCAGCUUUAAUAGUGGAAGCAGAUGUUUGGAUCUUCUUGCAGUGCUGUCUUGUCAUUGCUCUCCUGCUACGCCUGGAAGUAUGCAGUCCUGGCUGUAUAUGGAGCAUAACUUCGGUCAAGUAAUAUCCUGUGUCUCCUGUUGUUUGAUGACAUCCAGGAUGCCUGUGGUAAGAACAGAAAAGUCCAAACACUUUAGGAAGAAUAUGAGACUUCUGCUGAAUUUCAUGGGAAGAUAACAGUGAAAUCAGUCACACCAUGAGAAGGGUCCAUAUAAAGGGAGAUGUACUUUGCUCCCUGAUUCUACUGGUGCUACUCUUUCUGCUGUUAUAUGCACAUCAAAGAAUGACACCCGUAUGGGGGACAUUGCAUAUUGAACAGGGGUCCACCAGCUCAAGAACCCUCCUCGGUGGACCAUCAGACGGACUGGAAACAAAGCCGUUCCCUUCAAAAUCUCCAGACAUUCCUCUUUGCAAGCCUGAGGUUCAGAUCAAGCCUAAAGCACAAGGACCAUCAAAGGUCAAAUCUCAGAAAGGACGCAGCAAAGCAAAGUCUAAAUUUCACCGGCCCUCAACGACAGCAAGUCUGCUACCAACACAGGCUUCCUUUGACUUUUACGAUUACCUUCGAAAAAAAGACCAACGGGAAUUCAAGCUGCUAAUCGAUCAGCCUACAAAGUGUUCUGGACCAGAAGGAGCCCCCUACAUGCUGAUCGCCAUAAAAUCUGUAGCAACGGACUUCGACAAACGUCAAGUCGUUCGGCGUACAUGGGGCCGAGAAGGUGUGUUCCAGAAAGAUGUGAAUGUCAGGAGGGUUUUUCUUCUCGGUGUACCCCAAAAUAAAACAGCACUUCCAUUAUGGGACAAACUUUUGGGAUAUGAGAGCCACACUUUUCAUGACAUCCUCCUGUGGGACUUUGAAGACACAUUCUUCAACUUGACACUAAAAGAAAUCCACUUUCUACAGUGGAUCAAUGUGAGCUGUCCCAAAGUAAAGUUUAUUUUUAAGGGUGACACAGAUGUGUAUGUGAACAUCGACAAUAUCCUGGAGAUGCUUGAGGGUCAAAAGAUCGAUAAGGAUCUUUUUGUCGGCGACAUCAUUGUCCACGCGAAACCAAUUCGCAGACGCAACAGUAAGUACUUCAUCCCCGAGUUUAUUUACGGCCAGGGGAUUUAUCCAUCCUAUGCGGGCGGAGGCGGCUUUGUCAUGUCGGGACAUACCGCAUUGAAGCUCCACCUCGCCUGCAAAGAGGUGGAACUCUUCCCCAUUGAUGAUGUCUUUCUGGGCAUGUGUCUGCUGAGGAUUAACCUUCAGCCAACUCGCCACGAAGGCUUCCGCACCUUUGGAAUUGUGAGACCAUCUGCUGCACCCCACCUCCAGGUCUUCGACCCCUGCUUCUACAGAGAGCUGAUGGUGGUGCACAGCUUGACGGUCCCACAGAUCUGGCUCAUGUGGAACCUUCUGCAUGACCCUAAUCUUCAGUGUCAUAGCAGUCAGGAUCUGACAGGUUUUCCCUUUCAAUGGAGAGACAAGAUGGUGGCUAAGAACAAGGCAAAGGAGAAGCUUAGGAACAAUGACUAUGGGAUAAAAGUGUUUGUGGAGCAUUAACUCCUAGAAAAUGACUGUACUGUGAAAAUAAAACGACGAAAGUGAAUAUGAGGACAAACUAAAGCGAUGUCAGUCAAACCCAUAUGUAUGGGGACCCCCACAUGACAUGCGGAAGAAAAAAUAUAUAUCAUGACCAUAAGUUAAAGGGUUAGUUCACCCAAAAAAAUUACUAAAAUUUUGUCAUUAAUUACUCAGCCUCAUGUUGUUUCAAACUCAUAAGACUUUCGUUCAUCUUCGGAACACAAAUUAAGAUAUUUUUGAUGAAAUAUAAUCAAAGUGUCAGUUGUGAAGGCUGUGUAUGAAGGGACAGAAAUUGCUCAUAUUUCAUCAAAAAUAUCUUAAUUUGUGUUCUUAUGAGUUUGAAACAACAUGAGGGUGAGUAAUUAAAGUGUUAGUUCACCCCAAAAUGAAAAUAAUGUCAUUAAUUACUCACCCUCAUG